AUCCAACAAGCCUAAGCUGUCGCAUUGUUGUUGAGUUCUUUGUUGUUUCCGCAUUUAACCGUCCUGUCAUUCCUGAUGUGCCUAGCAUAGUUCUUCAAACAGCCCGUAUUAAUAAUAAUCCAGGACCUAAACCAAAGUUUUCCUUUAUGCAACACUUGAAAAUUUUCUCGGUCAUAUCCGUGUCUUUUUGGUUGCUUCCAUUUCUAGACAGACCAUGAAUCUUGCUCUGUAUAUGUUCGCAGCUCUGUUGAUUGCAUUUCCACGUGCUGCAGCGGUUGCCUUGACAGGGAUCAGCGAGUACUAUCCUUCUGAACGUGCUACCUUGCUGCAACUCAGGGAUUCUCUUAAUUCCGCUGCAAAUUUGCAUAGUAACUGGACGGGGUCUCCUUGUAUCAAUAACCAGAGCAAAUGGGAUGGAAUUGAUUGUUGGAAUGGGUAUGUCGUUGGGAUUGUCCUCGACGAGAUUCAGCUAAAGGGUUCUCUUCCUCCAGACUUCCCCCAAAACAUUACUUUCCUGACUAAACUCAGCCUCAGGAAAAACUUCCUCUUGCUAGAGCUGCAACAGAAUCAAUUAUCUGGGGAGAUUCCACCUAUUGAUCAACAGACCUUGAUAGGUUUCAAUGUGUCUUAUAACCACCUUCAUAGUCAAAUUCCUGAAACAAAUAUCCUUAAAGGUUUUCCAGAUAGCUCCUCUCUACGUAACCCAGGUCUUUGUGGCAGACCUUCGAAGGGAAAAUGUCCAUCUCCACCUCCUCCUCCCACCGUUCCACCACCAACCCCACAGCCACAUCCUUCCCCUGUUUCCCCUGUUUCUCCAGGUCCAGCGCCCCAAGCAAGCAAAGCAAGAGUCUCAGAACAGAGUGCCCCGGAAAGAAGCAUCAAAAAAGAAUCUUCGCUGGGGCUAGCCACCGUGAAGAAAAAGCUUCCAUCUUGGAUAACAGAGGAUCCUGAAAGAACAGUGGAGCUAGAAUUUCUGCAAGUAGUGCUGCUUCAGUUCUUAAACAUUGCGUAUGAAUUCUCCGAUUCCGCUCUAUCCAUAUAUGAUAUAUAGCAGCAUUCCAAGAUAGCUUGAUUAAAGCGUUAUGUAGAGACUUCCUUCGAAUUUUCUUGCCAAGCUAGGUUAAUAAAUCUUGCCAUGAGUCUAGCAAAAGGGAUGUCUGUCAUGUGGCUAAGUUCCUGCCAAAUGCCCUUUGAGUGUCCACACUUUAAAAAUAAAUGUUGACUUGUUUC